AAUAUAAAAACUAAGUGUUCAAUCAAGAAGAACUCGCGAGUUUCGGUGGUGUGAUUUUCAUUGUUGCUUUUGUAUCUGUGAAAUUUCUCAGCAAUGAAGGUUGUCGCAGCUUACCUGUUGGCUGUUUUGGGAGGCACCGCCGCCCCCUCCGCCGAGGAUCUGAAGGGAAUUUUGAGCUCAGUUGGUGCUGAUUGUGACGAGGAAAGAAUUGAGCUAUUGCUUUCUCAAGUUGCCGGAAAAGACAUUACUGAGUUGAUUGCUGCCGGUAGGGAAAAAUUGGCUUCAGUACCUUCAGGUGGUGGUGGAGUUGCUGUUUCUGCUCCCACUGGUGGUGCAGGAGGUGGUUCUGCCCCUGCUGCUGCCGAGGCGAAGAAAGAAGAGAAGGUUGAAGAGAAAGAAGAGUCUGAUGAUGACAUGGGCUUCGGUCUCUUUGAUUAGAUUUUGCAAAUGCAGCAGUAUACCGAGCAAGCAUUCACUGCAUUCUCUUCAAAUUAUGUUUUUGGCGCUAGAGUUUCGUGUACGAACAAUAUGAGGACAAAGUAUAGUGUUCUUGUUUUGAAUAUUAUACCAUCAUCUUUGAUGUUUUGUUA